ACUCUAACCACGCUCGGGCCACGUUGCAUGCAUAUUCAUUGGAAAACUGUUACCAGAUUAAUACAGGGAAAUAUACCCGAGUGCUCUUUGUGGCGAAUUCUCGCAGCAUUGCCGGACCGGAAAUCGAAUUAGGAAUCCGGUGUAGCAUUUAUUAAUUCGUGGAGUUUUGGUUAUCGCAUUGAGCAUUUUACUGGAAAUAGUAUAAACUGUACGGUGUUUGAAAUUCCCGCCAAUACCAAGAGACCAUCAUGGCUGCUCUUCAGGUGGCAGUACUGUUCCUCGUGAUGACCGUGGUCCUAGGGGAUUUACCGGCUGGGACCCGAAGAAACACAUAUUUACCACCAGAACCGACAACUGGGUACAGAUACGAUCGCCCUACAGUUCCAUUCCCAACGAGAACACCAACCUUUCCUGGAGUUACACCAACCACCUUCCCAACUAGACCUACACGACCUGAACCACCGAUACCUAAUACCACUAGAAGACCUGUUACCUAUCCUGGACCAGGUCCGAAACCGACGCCAGGAUUUCCAGAUUAUAGUAGAGAGCCAACGCAUAACAACGGCAAUACUAUCGUACCAAACCAAGAUCAUCAUGAUCAUCAUCAUCAUCACGAACCUGGAAUGCCGUUCGAUUUCAACUACGCCGUAAAGGAGGACGCCUAUGGCAACGAUUAUUCUCACAACGCUAUAAGCGACGGUGAGGUCGUACGAGGCGAAUAUCGUGUACAACUUCCGGACGGGCGGGUUCAGAUAGUGCGUUAUGUCGCCGAUUGGAAACAUGGCUUUAACGCACAAGUAUCAUACGAGGGUACACCACGUUACGAUCCACCGCGUCCCAACAAUUUUAAUCGAGGCUACUGAAUACAAGUUUUCCGGUUUAUUUUGAGAACCCUCUAGUAACAUUUUCAUCUUUUUCCUUUAUGUAUUUUUUUUCUUUCAUUUUCGUUUAUUGCUGACGUGCACCAGUCAUUAAAUGAAAAUUUUAUAUCGGGUGACCCUACAUUAAACUACGUAUCUUCUCAGCGCGCAAUCACGUAAUUAUUUAUCGCGUAAUGCGCCGUGACAACCUGUGAAUAAUUCGAAUUUCUUCUGGUUAUCAAAAGACUAUUUCUUAGGUAGUAUAUGAAAAAUUGGUGGAAAGUGGAAAAUACAAGUUUACGCGCUGGUCACGUGCUGGGAAACUUCAUAUUUCCGCAUAACUGUAAAAUACCUAUUGCUUUCGUAUGGUCGACGUCGUACCAUUAUGAUUAUGAUUUUCGAAACUUUCGAUACUUAUAUACAUCGUCUAAUUGAGUGCCAAAUGGAAAAUGGAAAUGAAAAGUGAAUAAUAGUAUUAUUGUACUGCGUAACGGGAUCCAAAAUAUUGUGAAUACUCCGAUUAAACGAUGAUUAAAUAUUUCGAUAAAAUUUUCA